UUCAAUAUACAGCUUUAAGUCCAUUAUUUUUUGGAUUAAUAUAUUGGGGAAACAUAUUGUUAAAUCAAAACAGAAUUUCAAUAUGAUUUUACUUGAACAAUAUGAGCAACAAUAUGCUGUGUUAAUAGCGGAAAUCACAUCUGAAAUUGCUCAACUUAAGCAGUUGAAAGGGGUGGAAAGACGAGAUCUUAGCUCUAAAAUAGAUGGAAGUCUUGCUGAAGCACAUGAACUGUUAGAACAAAUGACUUUAGAAAUUCGCGACAUAGACGUAACAUUACGGCCAAGUUUCCAAAAUAAGGUCAGUUGUGCACAGGUAGAAUUGAAAAGGCUUCAAAAUGAUUAUCGUAGUUCUAAAGAAGCUCAACAAAAGCAACAUAUGACAGUUUUAGAACUAGGCGGAGGAGACGGCGAUUAUUAUGAUGAUGUAUCUAUUGGAAAUGAUCAGCGACAACGCCUAUUAGAAAAUUCGGAGCGUAUAGAACGUACGGGAAAUCGUUUGGCUGACGGAUAUCGCGUAGCGCUUGAGACAGAAGCUUUGGGAGCGAAUGUGCUUAAUGACUUAAGUCAUCAACGUGAAGUUUUGCAGGGUGCACGUUCACGUUUGAGAGAAACUAAUGCAGAUUUGGGAAGAGCUUCAAGAACACUAAACUCCAUGAUGUUACGUGCAUUGCGAGAAAAGGCUGUAUUAUAUGUAGUUGGGGUGUGUUUUGUGGUCGCUGUAGGUGUAAGUCUCUACUUGACAUUUUCAUCUAGUGCCCCUACCGCUUAAUAAAUUUAUUAAGGAAUUAUUUUAUUUGUUAUAUUACUUUAGACAAUAUUUUAUGUAUUUAUUUCUGCAUUCGACUUCUUUGUUAUACAUUCCUUUCGGUUUAUGAUAAUUUAUAUCUUGUUGAAGUGUAAAAAGUAUAAUUUUCAAACGAAAAAUCGUAAAACUUUAAA